CAAGGAAGUCCACUCGUACCAAAGAACAUCGCGGUAUUCCAGUCAGUGAUGCAUACUAGUGCAAAGAAACUUCUGCUUGACUUUACCCAUUUCUCCAGUCCGACGCAAACAAUACUACCAGGAAAGAAGACCAUUUUUUGGAAACAGAGUUGGUGAAGUAUUACGACAAAUCGGAGAACAUAUUUUUCGUGGUCCGAUCGCAAGUGAGAAUCGAUAAGCAAGAACAAGCACAGACGAGAACGAGUCAGCGAGAUACUUUCCAUUCAAGUCAGUAUUGCGUUACCAUGUCGUAUCCUGUACACCUAGAGAACGACGACGGCUCGAUGGACAAUCCGUUUGCCAGUCCCGAGGGGAAAAUGUUUCCGUCCGGCAACAACAGCAGCAUCCUAGAAGACAGUCCCUAUCCACUCUCGAGCUACUACCAGACCUCCGCUUCCAUCUCCACCAGCACACACGGUGGUGCGAUGGAGAGCCCACGGCUCACCCUGAGAGAAGAGGCGGAGCGGCAACUGCAAUUGCAUCGGCAACGAGGAGCCCGCGAGCACCCGCACUAUUCGGCCACUUCCACGGCCCCCGCCGCUGUAACCCCAACGCCACCGAGGGCGGGAUCGCUUGUCAUGAGAUCUACUACGAGUCCACAUCCCCUGGCAUCUGCCAUGAAACCCCGGGGUCAGGGUUCCGGCGGCACGGGUGAAACCAACGCAGCUGCGACAGAACCCUCCAUCGUAACGCCCCACGGCAGCAACGGCGACGAGCUGGUGCUCUCCGCUCGGAAGGAAUGGAAGCGGCACGGUGGUGCCCUCACGCAGGACCUGGAAGAAACCCGGCGCAGAGACGAGGACCGGCCGGGUACGCUGACGGUGCGAUUGGUGUCGGCCGAGAACCGGAGCGACGUUACCAACAGAAAAUACACGGCCUACGUCCUGAGGGUCAGGCUCCCCGGAAGCAGCCAGAACCAGAACGUUCUGCAGCUCGAGCACCGGUACAGCGAAUUCGUAAAGCUCAGGGACGCCUUUGAGCGCUGUGACAUCCACUUGGACGCCCCGUUUCCUCCGAAGCACCUCGCCGGGCGGGUCGGAAACUGGCAGCUGGCGAGGAAAUGGGCCCCCGAUCAGCACGAAGAACUCGUGCGGUACCGGAAGGUACAGCUGGACGCCUGGCUGGUGGCCGUGACGGCCCGUUACAAUCUCGGUGACAUGCCACACUCCCUUGCACGCCUGGUCUACGACUUUCUCACCCUGUCGGAUCGACCCCCCUGCGACAUGGAAAACACCGUAGACGACCUUUCGUCGCGGGCGGAUGGCACCAGCGGCAGCGGCGGCGUUCUCCGGCGGAACAAUCCGAUCAGCUUUACGCUGGGCAGCAGUAUUCGCCAGGCGUGUCGAAUCGUCGAAACCAUGUGCAUGCCAUCGAGGACGGGCAUAAAGUCCGACCAGAGCAUCCCGCUCGAUCUGUUGCAGUCCGCCAAGGGGUUGAUUUUCCUGACGGUCAUCAAGGCGGGCUUCGUGGUCUCGGGAAGAAUCGGCACGGGUUUGUUGAUUGCCCGGGUCGACGGGGAAGACGGAGCACGAUCGAAUCCACAACAAAAGUGGUCGGCACCCUGUGCACUCGGGACGAUCGGAAUGGGAUGGGGGAUGCUUGCGGGGGGGGACAUUACGCAUUAUCUCGUCGUUCUGACCACAGAGGAAGCGGUGGAGGCCGUGCUGAGUGGUGGGAAGGUGCAGCUGGGAACCGAGCUCGGUGUGGCCAUCGGACCCGUGGGGAGAAUGUCACAGGUAUCGGCGUCCGCGUCCAAUACCGAAUGGGCGCUCCACCCAGCCUAUUCCUACGCCCACUCCAAGGGGUUGUUUGCGGGGAUGAGCAUCGAGGGGGCCGUCCUGGGCGCACGGAACGACGUCAACGCCAAGUUUUACGGCCGAUCAAACCUGACCCCUGCCGAUCUCGUUCUGGACGGGCUCAUGCCGCCACCCAAGGCUGCCGAACCCUUGUACGCAGCACUGGAGCGGGCCCUCGCGACGGAAAUACCCCAAAAAGGCUUUCGCCCGAGCCAGUUGUUCCGCGAAUCGUCGUGGUCUUCGCCCGGAGAGGACUACAAUGGCUCCGGUGACAACGGGAAUCCAUAUCGCUGGAGCAUGAGCGAGGCUGGCACGCCCAGCGAGUCCGGCUUUGAUUCCUACCACCCGUCCCCGGAAGAUCCCCACGGAAGAGGGGGAAGCCUGGCGUCGAACGUGCCCACACCGGAUUUCUACAGGGCAUACUAAUCAACCUCGCCCGAGCGACUGAUUUGGCGAGACAUCAUCACCUGCUCGGAAGUGUGUUUGCGAUGCUUUUGGUUCUGGGACGAGGGCAUCGAACGCCAGGAACGAUCGACGAAGACUGUGGACCAAUCGCACAGUGGAAUCGCUUAUUGGUCACUGUGAAACCUCUCUGAACAUUAAACAAAAGCAGUCUAAUUUUGGAGUUAGGCGAGAUGUCCAUUUUUCUUUUAUAAUAUCUUACAGUAAUAUUGCAAAGGUAGUCGGCGCAAAAUUUACAACACGCAUGGCAAAGCACGCGUAACGAAAUCGCGUAGAUGAGGAAGGGUGUGAGAAAAUAGCCUCAGAUACUGCCGACGAUAUCUUGCCUCGUGCGACCAGGAUUAUCGUUUGCCAUUUCCUCAAAGAAGGCGGAGACAUCGAUAAGAGCACGUUCGAGAGCGCGCCUCGAGUAUCCUUUUCUUUUGGAUAGUAGACGUGCUUUCACACGUUUGUUUGACGGAAUGCAGACCCGAAAGAAAAAAAUACGGAAUUCGUUGUGUAGGAAGCGAAUACAAAGAGAUUGGAUCUCCACAGUAAAUGUGCUCGGCAUUUCAAACAAUCUCUGUUCCUUCUCGCGGCAUUCCCGUCACAAAUUCCUUGGAUCUGCUUCCUUUCUCCUCCGACAGAGCGAAUAAUGUAUCUGACACCAAUCGCUUGCCGUGCAUAAAUCGGUGUUGAAGCCCGACAAACAGGUUUGGCAAAGGAGAACUAGAUCAUU